CUUCAGCGCGACAUUUUCACACAUCUCCCGCUGCCUUAACCUCUCUGAAUCUGUAGACCCCGCCUCCACCCCGCCUUCACUCCACGCGGUGGCGGGCCGGCGGGCACGUUUGUUCCUCUCUCCUGACAUUGGAGCGGAGCAUCCAGAUCUGCGCUUCUGACACGUGAGGUCGAAGUAAGGACCUUUUGGCGUGAUUCGUCGCAGCUGCCAAGGCCAAUCGACCUGGGUCAGCCAAUGGCCUGGCUUCGGGAAUCGGGGCCGCAUGUACCGGUAACACACCAGCCGGCGUGAGCACCCGAGAGCUGUGCUACAAAACCGGUGCUCUCCCAGCUCUGUUUCACAUCGACGCUGUUUUGCUCGUUGACCCAUCACCUCCCUUACAGCCCUAUUAUCCAGCGGUAUGGCACCAUCAAAAAGCUACUCCGCCGCCGUCUCGGGCUGGUCGCACACACCGUCCACCCCCAUUCUCCUCUGGAUGGCCGUCUCGUUGCCCCUCGUCGCCUGGGACACGGCCUACAUGCUGCUGCGGCCACACACCAUGCCCGGCGGGUCGCUGCACUGGCCACUGUGGGUGCCGUACGCGCUUUACGGCGAGGUCGACCACAUGUACGGCUUCAAGCAGUGGCAUCUGCGCAACCCGUUUGCUGCCGCCCAGAGCCUGAUGAACCUGGUCGAGACGGUGCUGUAUCUCGGUUAUCUGGGCAUGUGGUACUGGUAUGGGCAGCCCGGGGCGCGCGGGGAGCGGAGGGCUGUUGGCGGGAGGGUUGGGGCAUGGACGCUUUUGCUGGGGUUUAGCGCGGCUGUUAUGACGGUAAGCAAGACGGUGCUGUACUGGGUUCUUGAGUACUGCUCCGGAUUCGAUAACAUUGGUCAGAAUGACCCCUGGACGCUUUUCUGGUUGUGGAUUGUCCCCAACGGUGCCUGGAUUGUCGUUCCAUUGGUCUUCAUGAUCUACGGCAUGGGGUCAGAAAUUGUUGAUGGCCUGACCACACAGUCGCACUUAAAGGGUCAGUGAGGGUUGGGAAGCUCGGGGUUCGGCAGCGGUGAUACAAAGGAAUCCUUAGCGACCGUGCAAAGCUGGGUUGAGAUACACCUUAAGCUCCCUGAAUGUGCUUCACACCGGACGGCUGGGGCAGUUGAAAACGCUGGAAUGGAAGACGG